AUGACCGUGUUCUUCUCUUCUAUGACAAGCGUUCUGGAAGACCUGGGAUGCCCCGAGUCAGCCGAAGAGAACUUUGACAUGGAGGCCUUUGUCGAAAUGAUGGAGGCCUACGUCCCGGGCUUUGCAGACAUCAACAGUGGGGAAGUUUGCGAAAUGAUGUUUUCCCUCUCAGGAAGACUCUUGCUUCUUGAGCUGACCUGCGCCAAGGCCCUGGCCGCUGAAGCUCCGCUCGCCACCCUUAUAAGGAGGAAUACCACUGCAGGGAAGCUGCUGCUGGUGGCGGAGAGAGUUGUCAAGGCACAGCUGACUCACGGAGGGAAAGGCGCACUCUCCCCCCACACACACACAUGUGCCAAAGCCUGGCACCUGCAUGCUCCGUGCAGGGAGAAACUAGGAGAUUCUCAGCAGCAAGGGGCCAGCCCUUCCCUGGAAAGCCCCCCCCCCCAAACCAGGAAUGCUUGCAGAAACUCAAGAGGCAAUUUUGCUCUGUAUUGUUGCAGGUACAUGAUGGUGGGUAGGGAAGAGGAUCAGAAGACGCACGAGCCAGCCCCGCCAAAGGGGGCUCCCAAGAAGUUGAUUCGCUGCAUUGAUAACCAGGUAGUAAGCACCAAAGGGGAGCGAUACAAGGACAUCCGGAAGCCAGAGAGUGAAGAGAGGAGGAGAACAUACCUCCACCUCAAGCUGGCCAGGAAACAUAAAUUCCACUGACUGACCCGUUCCCGUGCUCCUCCCCGACAACGGCCAUCCCCUCCUGCAGUCACUCCUGAACAAGGGCUGGGACUCCUCCUGCAUCCUGACCCGAGGCUCCUCCUGCCACCCCGGAAGCCGACAGUCUGCACUUGGUCGCAGGACACGCUCCGGGGCACCCAGGAGACGCUGCUGCUCCUCUGGGGCUCAUCUUCCUUGCUUACGGGGAGCUAAGGGACUGGGGGGUCUUCUGCUCUUCUAUAUCAGAAGCCUUAUAAGAAACCUGCAUAAUGUAGAGUCACAUUCACCUAGUAGAAAGCAAAAGCUAACCGCUACGACUGCACCAGGGAAGCAUACUUUCCUCUGGAGCAAAGUACCGUGCAACCUCUGAACACACAUCUAGUAAUUUCACUCACACACACACCCAUUCCUACCAGCAGAUUCAGGAAAGGUCUGCACGGGGAAAUGCACACACACACACGCA